UAAAGGGUUAGUUAGGGUUUAGCUUAGCGCUGUUGGUGUGGGAGGAGUGAAAGAAACACUGCGCAGAGAUUCAGUUCGCAUUCCAUUUCCAUAUCAAUAUGUCGCUUCACCGCCUGCUCCUACGCCGCCUGUCAUCUAUCGCUGCCUCUCGGCCCAUCUUCUCUCUCAUCCAAACCCGUUCCUACGCCUUUUCCUCCGCCGAAGAAGCUGCGGCCGAGCGCCGGCGACGGAAGCGGCGUCUGCGCAUCGAGCCUCCCCUGAAUGCUAUUCGUCCUCCGCCGCAGCAGGGCCCUCCGCGCGACCCGAACGCUCCUCGCCUCCCAGACUCCACUUCGGCGCUCGUGGGCCCCCGGUUGAGCCUCCACAACCGCGUGCAGUCCCUCAUCCGCGCGGGCGACCUCGAGGCGGCAUCCGCCAUCGCCCGACACGCGGUGUUCUCGGUGACACGGCCCACCGUUUUCACCUGUAACGCCAUCAUCGCUGCCAUGUACCGGUCGAAGCGGUACGAGGAGGCUAUUGCCCUCUUCCACUUCUUCUUCAACCAAUUCAACAUCGUCCCCAACAUCGUCUCUUACAACAACGUGAUCAACACCCACUGCGACGAGGGUCGUGUCGACGUGGCCCUUGAAGUCUAUCGCCACGUCCUCGCCAACGCUCCUUUCAGUCCCUCUCCCGUCACCUAUCGCCAUCUCACCAAAGGUUUGAUCCAAGCCGGUCGCAUUUCCGAAGCCGUCGACCUCUUGCGCGAGAUGCUCACUAAGGGCCACGGCGCCGAUUCCCUCGUCUACAACAACCUCAUUUCAGGCUUUCUCGAACUGGAGAAUUUGGAGAAGGCAAAUGAGCUCUUCGACGAGCUUAAGGAGCGCUGCCUGGUGUAUGACGGGGUUGUGAAUUCCACUUUCAUGGAAUGGUUCUUCAAAAAGGGUAGGGAUAAGGAAGCCAUGGAGUCCUACAGGUCCUUGUUGGAGCGCCAGUUUAGGAUGACCCCUGCCACUUGCAAUGUUUUGUUGGAGUGUUUGCUCAAGCAUGCCAGGAAAACUGAGGCUUGGGCCUUGUUUGAUCAUAUGCUCGACAAUCACACUCCUCCCAAUUUCCAAGCUGUUAACUCUGAUACCUUCAAUAUUAUGGUCAAUGAGUGCUUUAAGCUCGAAAACUUUGAGGAGGCCCUUGCAACUUUUAAGAAGGUUGGUACUAAACCUAAUUCUAAGCCCUUUGCCAUGGACGUUGCAGGCUACAAUAAUAUCAUUGCUAGGUUUUGUGAGAAUGGGAUGCUUUCCCAAGCUGAGACCCUGUUUGAAGAACUGUGCUCCAAGUCUUUGAGCCCCGAUGUUCCUACUCACAGAACUUUGAUUGAAGCGUACUUGAGAAUGGAGAGGAUCGAUGAUGCUCUCAGAGUGUUCAACAGAAUGGCGGAUGCUGGUCUUAGGGUAGUUGCUGGUUUUGGUAACACGGUUUUUGAUAAAUUGAUUAAGAAUGGUAAGGCCAGUGAAUGUGCUCAGAUUUUGAGUAAAUUAGGAGAGAAAGAUCCCAAACCAGACCCCACUUGCUAUGAGGUUGUAAUCAAGGGACUUUGUGCUCAUGGGUUAUUGGACAAAAGCGUAGAGCUGCUGGAUGAGGUUAUGAGGUAUGGUGUUGGGGUUACUUCUGCCUUGCGGGAAUCUGUUACCGAGGUUUUUAAGGAAGCAGGGAGAGGUGACGAGAUUGAAAGGCUGCUAGAUAUCAACAGAUUUGCAUAUACUCCUCGUCCAUCCCCUCCAAGACCUGCUUACCGUGGACCACCGGUCAGGUCGCCCUCGGAAAUGGCAGGGGCGCCACAUAACCCACAUUCUGGCCCUCCCACCACACAAAUGGCAGCUCAACUGUACCCACCACCACCUUUUCAGAUGUCAGGAGCUACACUUAAACCUUCUGGGUUUCCAACACAAAGGGCGCCACAGAGUCCAACACCUCCUUCUCCUCAAAUGACUGGAGCACAUUAUCCCCCUUCUGGGUUUCAAUUGCCACGUUCUCAAAUGGCCGGAGCACCACAUAACUCACCUUAUGUGGCUCCACAUCAAGUGUCGGGACACGAACGCCCGCCAAUGCAUCAACCUUCAUGGAGAUUUUCUCCUCCAAUGACUGGGCCUCACACGACAGCACCUGGACCUUCACCUCAUAUGCCAGGACAACCUCACCACCCUACUACAUCCGAACUUCCUUCUCAAACGAACAGGGCAGCCCCGCAAAUGACAGCCCAGCAUUAUACACCACCUCAAAUGGCAGGAUAUCAUCCUUAUGGAACACGACAUGGGAUCCAACAAAUGUCAGAACCACGAUAUCCAUCGUCUGGAGUGUCCCCUCCGAUGGUUGGACAACACCAUCCACCAGCUGGUCCAGCUCCUCCGGUAUCAGGGUCAUAUAUUCCUUCAUAUGGAGCCUCACCUAAAAUGUCACCGCCUUAUCGUACAGCCCCAGGACCAUCUUCUCACGUGACUGGACCGUAUCACCCAUCGUCAGGAGUAGGUUCUCAAUUUGAGGAAUCACAUCAACAGCAAUCAGAAGUCCCUGAACAGGUAGCAGUUUAAGUUUGGACUUAAAGUCAAUUCUUAGAUUCACCAAAAAGAAAUAGUCAAUUCUUAGUACUGCUGGUUCUCUCCUUAAUCCAGGGAAGAGUUGCUGUAUAGUUGCCAUAUCUUAAUCCUCUGUGACAACGAUUUCUGCUGUUUGGAAUCAUUAUAUUUAUGAGUUUAUAGAACGAUCAUACAAGAACUUAUCUGUCACAUGUAAUCCCGUCUUUUAUGACAUGUCAUUUUUAAUUUAUUCUUAUAAAUCAACCUUUAAUAUCA